AUGCGCUUCUUCACCAGCGCCGUGAGCGCGAUCCUCGCCCUCCAGGCGGGAGUUGCCUACGCGUGCAUCAAGACCGUCACCGGUACUAUUCUCGUCAUUGCCCGUAACCAGGCCGAGGUUGACGACACUGCCGCCGGCUUCUUGGCCUACGGUAUCCAGACCCAGGGCGUUAUCGUUCCUCAGACCGGUGCCGCCCUGCCCGCGCUCAACUCUACCGUUGACCGUGGCAACUUUGGCGGUAUCGUCACCGCCGGAGAGCUCUCCUACGACCAGGGUGGUGGCAACUACGGUAGCUCUCUUACCGUAGACCAGUGGAAUGCCAUCUACCAGUACCAGAUCGACUUUGGCGUCCGCCUUGUCCGCAUCGCCGCCUAUCCCGUUCCCGAGUUUGUCAUGAUCAAAGGCGCCGAGCCCGUCUUCUCCAACGACGACGACCAGUUGAUCGCCUUCAGCGAUGUCUCCGAGUUCCCUACCGCCAACCUCAAGACCAAUGCUGGUCUGACCACCAAGGGUAACUGGAAGACUGGUGCCAGGAUUACCGACACCGCUACCACCACCGCCUUCGCCAAGUUCACCGGUUCCACCACCUAUGGCGAGACUGUUGCCGGUGUCAUCAACAAGGUCGCCACCGGCCGUCAGCAGAUGGUUUGGUUCACCACCUUUGCCCCCGUCUGGUCCACUGCCUCGGCCUACGUUCAGCACGCCGCCGUCCACUGGGUCACCCGUGGUCUCUUCGCUGGUAGGCGCAAGACCUACCUCGGUACCCAGGUUGACGAUGUCCACUUGUCGACCGAGAUCUACUAUCCCCAGGGCCAGCCCGAGUUCCGUCUCCGACCCGCCGAUCUCGCCAACAUCAAGACGUGGCAGGAGGGUCUCCAGUCCCGUCUCCCCGCCGGUUCCAACUUCUUCAUCGAGCUUGCCCACAACGGUAACGGUGCCUUCAUCUCCGCCGUUGAGAAGACCGGCAGCAGCAGCGUGUGCAGCCCCAACGAGGCCGUCGACUACGACGAGAUUGUUGAUGUUGCUUACGAGUGGGUGAAGCCCCUCGGCACCGGCAAGGACAUGUGGCCCACCAGCUUCACCACCACCUACCCCUGGAACGCUCAGUGCCCCAAGCUCGAUGAGCUCCUCCAGUGGUUCCAGACCCCCGCCAACCGUGACGCCUUUGCCCACUUGUCCCACACCUUCACCCACGAGGAGAUGAACAACGCUACCUACAACGAUGCCAACCGCGAGAUGAUCUACAACAUCAAGUGGCUCAAGGACGUUGGUUUCUGGGAUGCCCAGCACUUCUCCGCCGGUGGUCUCGUGCCCCCUGCCAUCACUGGUCUUCACAACGGUGAUGUCAUUCGCGCCUGGAUGGACAACGGCAUCAAGUACGUCGUCGGUGACAACACUCGCCCCAACAUCCGCAACGCCGAGAGCCUCUACUGGCCCCUCAUCACCAGCGUCGCCAAGAACGGUUAUGACGGUCUCGUCAUCGUCCCCGCUGGGGUAAGCUUUUCUCUUUUGACUCUUUUGUUUUCCACCACCAUCUACUACAACUGCGAUUUCCCCAUCUGCACUACCCAGGAGUGGAUCGACACCUCUGGCGGCUCGGGUGACUUCACCAACCUCCUCGCUGAUGCCAAGGCCGUCAACACCCGCAACUUGUUGCACCUCUACAACGACCCCUACAUGUUCCAUCAGGCCAACCUCCGUCAAACGGAUGCCGACAUCCACACCAUUGGUGACCAGACUGGUCGCUUCUCUCUCCUCCAGAUCUGGAUUGAGCUUAUCACUCAGGAGAUGACCCGCCUCACCAACUGGCCCAUCCAGACCCUCAAGCAUGAUGACAUUGCCGCCCUCUUCCUUGACCGUGCCAUCGUUGACAAAUGCGAGACCAACGUCGAGUACAUCUUCGACCACGACAACAAGAAGAUCACCGGCGUCAACCUGAUUGCCAACGGCAACACUUGCGGCGCUGACGUGCCCCUCACCGUCCCCGGUGCCAUCACCACCUCCACCGGUGGUGUUGUCCAGACACCCCCCAUUGCCUUCUCGCUCAACACCCCCAUCAACGUCUAA